UAUCAAUUUCGAUACGAAGUGUCAGAGCCUUACAAUCUACUCAUAGAUUGCAAAAAGGCGUUUGUGUUCCCUUCUCCACUUCUCAAUUUUUUGUUUUGUUGUAAUAUUGCGUAACAAUAUUUUUUAUUAAAAUAAUUUCGCGCAGAAAAGUAUGUUCGAUUAUUCUGAAGGUGCUAUGCAAAUAAAUUCCGAAAUCCCAGUUAACUCCAACCAACAUUUUGAUUGCGAUUUUCACGCAGAAAAAUAUUGUGUUCAGACAAUUAAUAAAAGAAAGUGCUUGGGAAAGUGUUACACAAGAAGAGGCACCAUGGGGAUGUUGAGCGUUAACAACACUCAACUCUUCUACUGGUAGGCCCCACAGGGAAUCAACAUUCUCAAAAGAAGACAAGGCGAAUAUAAUUCCCUGUCACAAUGGUCCUCGCAAGAGAUCUUGUCGUCCCUUCCGCAUCAUGGCGAGAAAUUUUCUUCAACCAAUCCAAAUUUGGAAAUCACAACAAACACAUACAGUGCAAACCUGGCUAUGGAAACACAAUUCUUAGAUAUGGACAUGGAUCCCACAAAACUCGUGUACACCAGCAGCAGUCCUUACGGAUUAAAUCCCGACAUGGAAACCAGUGUAGUGCCAGCAACGCUAAACGUAGAUGUAAUGCUCAAGGACGAAUCGAGCGUUACACUUCAACGACUCUGGGACAUGUCCCGUGGUGGCGUGUUUUACGAGCCUCAGAGCAAAAUCAAAUUGGAGAUGGAAGAAUUCAGCGACCUAUCGCCAUUUGUCCAUCCAAAGCCCUCGUCAACAAAUUCUGUAGAUGAGCUAAAUACGCCGAUAUUUGACAAAGACGCUUUUACUUUUAACGUCAAUGAUUAUUCUGACGAUAUAUUUGUUAAGCCUGAAAGCGACAUACUAUACGAAAACUCCUGUAUAAUAACCGACAACAACCAGUUUAAGGACUUGUAUCUAAAUACAGGAAAAGUGCAACAAAAUGGAAAUAUCAAUAGUGAUGUAGGUAAUAUACUACAAAAUGCUGACAUUAAUGUAUUUUCGCCUCAAUCCGAAACCGGAAGUGCAUACAGUUGUCAAAUAUCACCAAUCCUUGAAAAUACAAACACAACUGUAUAUAAUGUGGACGAUAAUAGUGCUCUAAGUGUUAAUAGACUUUCUAGGAUUUCUUCGGCGAACGACAUGUUUCGGCCAUUUAACAGUGGAUUGGAAACACCCGAAGACAGUAACAGCAGUGCUUCUCAUGACUCUAUUAAAAGGCCCUCUCAUCUUUCCCUCAAUGUCAAUCUCAAGUCAACCACUGAAUCUAAUCUGACCACUCCAAGCAUAAUUGAGGAAGUUGUGGACUUGGAGAAUGCUAACUUUAAUAUACUAGAUUUGGUGACAAAUGAGGACAUAACGUUCGUAAACGCAGAAGACAUAUUCACCAAUAAUUCAGUUGUAUCAGCAAUAUCAACAAAUGUUAAUACCUCAACAAUAAAACACAAACACAUCAAACAGAUAAUACCUCAGAAGAGGCCAAGAAAACGAAGAAUUUACACCGACGACGACGAAGAUUAUGUCCCGCCCAGUAAAAAGAAUAUAGUACAACGUAAAAAGAUCAUCAAAGAAGACUCCGAUUCAGAACUUGACAGUGACGUGGACGUUGCCUACAAAACCAAAGCCAAAACGAGAGGACGCCCACCGAAACGGACAGAAUCCGUUUCGUCGGAUUGUUCCAAAGAUAGUGAUGCCUCAAAAUACAGAGAACUGAGAGACAAAAACAACGAAGCGUCGAGAAAGUCCCGGCUGAAGAGGAAAAUCAAGGAACUCGAGCUUGAAAAGGAAGCCGAAGGCCUCAUUUGCAAAAACAUUAAACUUAAAGCACAAGUAGAAGAACUGGAGAAAAUGGUAACGAACUUCAGAGACAACCUCUUUAAAAUUAUGAUUAAGAAGUGAAGUUUAGUAAGUAAUUUUGCGUUUUCAAUUAUUUCUGAAAACGACAUAGAACUGUUAUCAUGUGAUUCGAUUAAUUGUUAUAUUUUAUUAGACCUAAAAACAUCUAAGUUAAUAACUGUUUUAUAAUAUAAAAUGUGUUUAACAAUUACAAAAACGACAAAAAAAAACAAAAAAGAUCGUUUUAAAAUAUUUGUAUAAGAACUAUUUUUAUUUAUAUUUAUUUAUUUUUAUACCAUUUUCUCCAAUUGAGUCCACAUUAAUGUUAGUUUAUUAGUUGAAUUGUUGUAAAGAUUUUUGUUAGACAUACAUGUUUAGUUACAAAUUGGUUAAGAAAUCUUACAAUAAGAUUUCUGUUAUAUCCUUAAUGAUGCAUAAUUUUUGCAAAUAAUGCUUUAAUUGAUUGAUUUGUAUUUUGUCAACUAUAUAUAAUAUAUAUUGGAAAUGUUAUCAAUUUUAACAAGAGAAAGGAAGAAAGAAAGGAAUAUUGUACCUGUACAAUUCUAAUUUUAUAUUGAACUAAAAUAAAUUUGGUUGGUAGAACUAGAA